UCUGGAGCAUACCGUUGUACUGUCCAGAACCUUGUGGGUAUGGAAGACUGUGAGCUUAUACUCAAAAUCACAUCUCCAUCAACAGUGACUGAUGGACAUGGACCUACAGCAGGAACUACAGCUGAAAUUACAGCAGGAGUGGGUAUGAAAGACUGUGAGCCUGUACUCAAUAUCACAUCUCCAUCAACAGUGAUUGACGGACAUGGACCUACAGCAGGAACUACAGCUGAAAUUACAGCAGGAGUGGGUAUGGAAGACUGUGAGCCUGUACUCAAUAUCACAUCUCCACCAACAGUGAUUGACGGACAUGGACCUACAGCAGGAACUACAGCAGGAGCUAUUGUUGCUGUGAUUGUGGUCAUCACUGUAACACUCACCCCAGUCAUUUACUACCGCCACAGAAAAAGGCGUGAAAUGUUAAGGAGGAACGCUUAUAUAUGGGCUCAGAGAAACUCAUGCAUCUGUCGGCCCAUAAGAAUAGAACAGCUCAGGUGUGAGGAAGAAGACAACCUGUAUGAGAGAACAGAGACUACCGACCCUGUACUGUCUUCCUUUGCAGAGGACAAUGAGAAGAAUGCAUCUAUUGAGGAGGUUCUGACAGCCUGUGUUGAAGCUAAGGAGCCAUGUUCCUUGCACACAGAAACUGAGAAAAAUGCAUCCCACGAGGAGAUCAUGACAGCACUGUGAAACAAAGG